AUGGAUACCAGUGUGCUGGGCGCCCUGCUGGGAUCGGUCUCACGUCUGUACCUAGUCUUUCUGGUUGCCGUGGCUUACCUGGCCAUCGCUCGACUUCGGCAGUACUACCGCCUCAGCCACUUCAAAGGUCCGACUACCGCAGGCAUCUCAUGGUGGUGGCAUUCGAAAGCUGUGUUGAGUGGGCAAGCGCAGCGUUACUACGGUGACGUAACAGAGCGAUAUGGCCCCAUUGCAAGAGUGUCGCCUGAGCACUUGAUAACGAGCGACCCUGAUCUAUGGGCGCAUAUCAACGGCGUCCGGUCGCCGUACCGAAGAGCGCCGUGGUACUACCAUGCCGCACGUUUUGAACCUGGCAAGGACAAUGUCUUCACCGAGUGCGACAAUGAACGCCACGAUGCUAGAAGAAAGAAGAUGCACGCCGGUUAUUCCGGAAAAGAGAAUCCAACACUGGAGCCAUCAAUCGACAGCCAUGUGCAAGAGUUGGUACAACUCGUGCGGACCUAUGCUGCCCAGCCUGCAUCGACAAAGCCAUCCAAAGCAAUGGAUCUUGCCCAGAAGAUUCCCUUUUUCACUCUCGAUGUCAUCAGUCACAUUGGAUUGGGAACCCCUUUCGGCAACCUCAAGGCCAACGAAGAUGUAAACGACUAUCUCAAAUCCUCCGAAGAAGGCUUAAAAAUUGGCAACACGGCCUUCGCCAUGGGUCUAGCCUGGAUGCGUGAAACCCCCGUCAUUGGGCCUGCGAUCAGUCCUUCGGAGAAGGACCUCACAGGCUACGGUCGCAUGAUGGCAGAAGCACGCAAGAUAGUCGAUGCCCGAAAGUCCAAGUCGAUAGAAGGCAAAUCCGACAUGCUCGCCUCAUUCAUCCGCAAUGGUGUAGCCGGCGACGAUCUUUUCCAAGAAGCCUUCGAGCAGAUCCUCGCAGGCUCCGACACCACUGCAGCCGCCAUCCGAAUCAUACUGCUCUACAUCACGACGCACCCACGCGUGUACGCCAAACUGCAAGCCGAGAUCGACGACGCAGUGAAAUCUGGCCUCGCUCCCGCAGCCCCAGACAUCAUCCCCGACACUGCAGCCCGCAAGCUCCCUUACCUCGCCGCCGUCGUGCGGGAGGGCAUGCGCGUCCACCCACCCGUCGUGAACCUCUUCUCCCGCAUCACCCCGGCCGGCGGCGACGCCGUCACCGUGCAGGGCAAAGAGUACUUCAUCCCCGGCGGCACCAUGGUCGGCUACUCAGCGUGGAGCAUGCACCGCAACAACACAUCACUCUACGGCGACGACGCAGCCGUCUUCCGACCCGAGCGCUGGUUCGUCGACGAGUCGAACCCUGCCGACAAGGCUAGGCUGAGGGACAUGGUCAAGACCAACGACAUGAUCUUCGGCUACGGCAGGUGGGUGUGCCUGGGCAGGAACAUCGCGCUGAUUGAAGUGCACAAGUGUGUGUUUGAGCUGCUGAGGCACUUUGACCUCGCGCUGUCGAAUCCGACGGAGCCGUGGAAGACGCAUAAUAGUCUGGGGCUGUGGGAGAUCAAGGAUAUGUGGGUCGAUGUUACGGCGCGGUCGUGA